GUUCGAUUUCUCUUCGUCGACAAACACUUGUGUUACAUAGAAUAAAAGUAGACUUAUUGCUUUUAUUGAAAAUAUCAGAAGAAGAAUCAAGAUGGCCCAGCCAAGUUUACCGCAGGGCAAUGAGAAGCGUCUGCGCUGUUUGCGCUGCAAUAAGAAGAUCAAAUCCUCCCGAUACGAGACUAGUAGACUCGCCCGUCACAACGAGCAGAAACACCCGGAAAUAAACUUGAACCGGAAACCGGAACAUAAACUGGCAUCAAAACAUGGAAUCACUGAAGAUUGCCUUGCACAAAACAGCAUAAUGAAGGAGUCCCAAAAGGCCGAGAAAGCCGAUCGUUUGAAUGAUAUGCCCAGACUUACUGUACACUGGAGAAGAGAUCUGGAUAAGUGCAAGAAAACACCAACUGCUGCAUGCAAUGCAUCCGCCACGAAGGACCAUUUAUGUUUAUGCGCCAAGGAUAAAGCUAUGUCGACUCGAAAUCAGUUCCUUAAGGACUCCGUUUAUCGAUGGAGUGCCUUGGAUGGCAAACUAUUUUGCCCGGCCUGCGGUUGCAAGCGUCGUCCACUUAUUAAAGCCGCCUCGGAAUUGGAGUCUGGAUGGUAUGCCAACUGCUGGAUAUUCUGCCUACUGCCUUGUCUGAUGUCCUCGGAUAAUCAGGAAUAUCUAUACUGCUCCAAGUGCAAAACCUUUCUGGGUAUCUACAAUCGAGAAAAGAACAUCGUGCGACCCAACAGAGAAUUUGUGUAAAAUAACUUUUUGAAUAAUUUUUAACGCAUUUUUCAAUUCCUUUCCUUACCUUAUGUAAUAGAAAAUUGUUAACAAAAUUAAGUGUAAAUAACUUUUAAAGUAGAUACUAUUUAAAACUUAGCUUCUUAACUAUAACUUUUGUAACUAAAAUGUCUAUGUAACUGCAACAGAACACAUUACCACCUCACAUGCCUUCAGUUAAACAAUCGCAUAUUUCUAGACAAAAUUUAUCUUUGAAUACUCCGAAAUUAAUAUUGCUUCAAUUUAUGGUUAUCUU